GCUCCGCGCGAGCCGCCCGCCUGCCCGUCAGCCCCUCCGCCGCCAAAACGAACCGAAGUGCCGCGUCGAAGAGUCGGAACGCGUCUCCGGAGCUCUUCCCUGCCGACGGGCAACCACCCACCCACCCUCCACCCGCCGCAGAGAGUUGUUGGUGAAGUCGGGUUACCUUCUUUGUCCGGAGAUGUGCUGCCGCCCCGGCGGGCAGCAGUGAGCCGCGGAGGGAGCCAGGAUGAGCGGCAGCCCCGCCGCGUCCGCCGCCGCGGCGCCCUGCCGCUUCGCGCACUACUUCGUGGUGUGCGGGAUAGACGCCGAGACCGGGCUGGAGCCGGACGAGCUAGCCGCUUUGUACCAAUGGCUUGAAGCAGACCUCCAUGGCAGGGACCCCAGUGCCGCGACCACAGGGGAGAACUUUGAGCAGAGCCCACUCAAGAGGACCUUCAAGUCCAAAGUUCUCGGCCACUACCCAGAGAAUGUGGAGUGGAACCCCUUUGACCGGGAUGCAGUCAACAUGCUCUGCAUGCCCAAAGGCCUGUCCUUCCGGACGCAGGCCGACCAGCGCCAGCCACAGUUCCACUCCUUCAUCAUCACGAAGGAGGACGGCUCUCGGACCUACGGCUUCGUCCACACCUUCUAUGAGGAGGUGACAAGCCCCCAAAUCUGCUCUGCCAUGCAGACCCUCUACCAGAUGCACAACGCAGAACACGCCUCCGCCAACCCCACCUCUUGCUCCGCAUCCUCCUCCUCUUCCUCCUCCUCAAGUAUGGACUCCCUUGCCAGCAGUCUAGAUGAGGUCGACUCCCCUUCCCCCUCCUCUUCUUCCUCCUCUUCUUCAUCCCAGGGCGGCAGUGGCAGCUAUGACUCAUCGCGGGACACCCUCUACGUGUCGAAGGCCCUGUGCCUCAUCACGCCCAUGCCAUUCAUGCACGCCUGCCGGCGCUUCCUGUCCCAGCUGCACAGGGCUGUAACGGGCACCACCCCUCCCCCGCUGCCCCUGGAGAGCUACAUCCACAACAUCCUGUACGAGGUGCCGCUGCCGCCGCCUGGCCGGUCACUUAAGUUCCACGGCGUGUACGAGCCCAUCAUUUGCCAGCGACCCGGGCCAGGGGAGCUGCCCCUGGCUGACUUCCCCCUGGGAGAGGCAUUCAGCCUGCUGGGUGUGGAGAACCUGGUGCAGCUCUUCACCUGCACCCUGCUGGAGAUGCAGAUCCUCCUCUACUCACAGGACUACCAGAGGUUGAUGACGGUGGCAGAGGGCAUCACCACCCUGCUGUUCCCCUUCCAGUGGCAGCACGUCUACGUUCCCAUCCUGCCUGCCUCCCUGCUCCACUUCCUGGAUGCCCCAGUCCCCUACCUGAUGGGCCUGCAGUCCAAAGAGGGCACCGACCGCUCCAAACUGGAGCUUCCACAGGAGGCCAACCUGUGUUUUGUGGACAUCGACAACCACUGCAUUGAGCUGCCAGAGGACUUCCCCCAGUUUCCAAACAAGACGGAGUUCAUCCAGGAGCUCAGCGAGGUUCUCCUGACCUUCGGCUUGUCCCCUAAUGGGGGGUCUCUCUCGCGGACCCACACCGCCAUCCCCGCCCACCCUGGCAGCAACCCCUCCACCCCAGGCAGGGAGCGCAAAGCCGCCGCAAUCCGGGAUUUGGAGGAUGAUGGCCGUAACGGGAAUCUGGCGGGCGAGGAGCUGGCCAUGCUUGAGCUGCUUCAGGGGAAUGCCACCCUGGAGAGACUGCAGGCACUGGCCAAGCGCACGGGGGUAACAGUGGCACGUGUGGAUGCCCUGAGGGCCGGGGUCAAAGGUCAAGGGACAGAGGGGCAGGGUGGGCGCACGGCAGCAGAAGAGGAGGAGCUGAGGAACGCCAAGCUGAACGUCCAACUAAGGGAGGUGUUCGCCAGCAGAUUCACUACCAUGUUUGCUGACUAUGAGGCCUUCGUCAUCCAGAGCGCCCCGGACCUCGAGUCCUGGCUCACCAACCGAGAGCAGAUGCACAACUUUGACAAGGCCUCCUUCCUGUCGGACCAGCCGGAGCCCUACCUCCCCUUCCUCUCCCACUUCAUCGAGACUCAGAUGUUUGCCACCUUCAUCGACAACAAGAUCAUGUCCCAGUGGGAGGAGAAGGAGCCGCUCCUCCGAGUGUUUGACGGGCGCAUCGACAAGGCCCGCCUGUACAACGUGCGCGCCCCCAGCCUCCGCUCCUCCAACUACCAGAGGUGCACCAUCCUCAAGGAAUCGGCCCAGGCCAUUGAACAGCGGCUGACAAAGAUCGAUCACACGGCCAUCCACCCCCACCUGCUGGAUAUGAAGAUCGGCCAGGGCAAAUACGAGCAGGGCUUCUUCCCCAAACUUCAGGCGGAUGUGCUCAAUGCCGGACCAGCCAAUAACAACAGGUGGUCCCAUCGCACGGCGACUGCCCAGCGCAGGAAGGACCGCCACAGACAGCAGACUGAACACCUGACCCUGGACAACGACCUCAAAGAGCAGAAGUACAUGCAGGAAGCGCGGAGCCUUGGGAAGAACCUCCGUCAGCCGAAGCUGUCCGACUUGUCCCCCGCUGUCAUCGCCCAGACCAACUGGAAGUUUGUGGAGGGCCUCCUGAAGGAGUGUCGUAUGAAGACCAAGCGGAUGCUGGUGGAGAAGAUGGGUCGGGAGGCGGUGGAGCUGGGUCACGGGGAGGUCAGCAUCACCGGCCUGGAGGAGAAUACGCUGAUCGCCAGCCUCUGUGACCUGCUGGAGAGGAUCUGGAGCCACGGGCUGCAGGUCAAACAGGGGAAGUCUGCCCUCUGGUCCCACCUGCUCCAUUACCAGGCCCGGGAGGAGAAACUGGAGCAGCAGCAGACAGAUUCACCAGUGUCCGCUGGUCCUGAGAGGAGGAAGUCCGAGUCGUCCAUCGGGAUGCCAUCUCUACGUGUGUCUGUCAUACAGGACAUGAGGCAUAUCCAGAGCAUGUCUGAGAUAAAGACGGAAGUGGGGCGAGCGAGAGCCUGGAUCCGUCUUUCCCUGGAGAAGAAGCUGCUCUCUCAACACCUCAAACAGCUGCUGUCUCGACAAGCCUUAACCAAGAAGCUGUAUAAGCGCUACGCCUUCCUGCGCUGCGAGGAGGAGAAGGAGCAGUUCAUCUUCCACCUGCUCUCCCUCAACGCCGUCGACUACUUCUGCUUCACCAGUGUCUUCACCACCAUCAUGAUCCCGUACCGCGCCGUCAUCAUCCCCAUCAAGAAGCUGAGCAACGCCAUGACCACCUCGAACCCGUGGGUGUGUGUGUCCGGCGAGCUCGGAGACUCUGGCGUCAUGCAGAUCCCCAAGAACGUCCUGGAGAUGACCUUUGACUGUCAGAACCUGGGGAAGCUGACCACGGUCCAGCUCGGGCACGACAACUCUGGUCUGCUGGCCAAGUGGUUGGUGGACUGCGUCAUGGUGCGCAAUGAGAUCACAGGACACACGUACAAGUUCCCCUGUGGACGUUGGCUGGGUAAAGGGGUCGAUGACGGCAGUCUGGAGAGGGUUCUGAUUGGUGAGCUGGUGCCCAGUGGGGAGGAGGAUUCUGGGAGAUGCUGUCGUACCCCGCCGCUCCAGCGUUCGCCGUCCCAGACCAGACGGAUCAGCAUCACCUCGCUGGCCGGACGUGGCUACAAGCCGACUUCCGCCCAAAUCCAGGAGGCCAUCGGGGAGGCGGUGAACAAUAUCGUCAAACACUUCCACAAGCCCGAGAAAGAGAGAGGCAGUCUGACCAUCCUGCUGUGUGGGGAAAGCGGUCUGGUCGGAGCUCUGGAGCAGUUUUUCCAUCACGGCUUCAAAUCUGCCAGACUUUUCCAGAGAACCGUCUUCGUCUGGGACUUCGUGGAGAAGGCCGUGGCCUACAUGGAGUCCGCCGACCAGAUGGGAGACCUUCAGGAGACGGCCGAGCCCCUGGGGAUGACCUGUCAGUCGCUCUGCCACUACGUCAACGCCAUCAACUCCACCCCCAGGAACAUCGGCAAGGACGGGAAGUUCCAGCUGCUGGUCUGCCUCGGCGCAAGAGACCGCCUGCUGCCCCAGUGGCUCCCCCUGUUGGUGGAGUGCCCGGUAAUCCUGAGGAUGUACGAGGAGUCGGCGCUGCUGAGAGACCGGACCACCGUCAACACCCUCAUCGGCGUCCUGGAGACCCUCCACGACUUCCCCGUCACCCUGGAAACCUCGCUGGUCAAAGGAAUAGACCUUUAGCAGACACACGCACACGCACCCCCCCUCCCCUCUCCCCCUCCCCCCCGUUCCUACAAGGACUGCUGGGAAACCCAGCCGGGACUACAUUUUCUCUGAACCACCCUACCGCUGCUCCUUCCCACCGCCCCAGUUGUAGCUGUCGUGCAUCAUCAAGGCCCGCUUAAGAUGAUUGGCUGCGGGGUUAUUCAUGUAACCUGCGGAGGAGGAGGAGGAGGAGGAGGUGCGAGGGAGUGGAGACUUUAAACAAAGAGACUCUUGGUAACCAAAGCAGCAAGUUCUGCGCUGCAGCACGCCGGGCUGCGGGUGGACAACAAAGUUCUGAUGCAGUAUUAUCACGUAGCCUGUGGUUCUGAAAGACCCGUUUCGACUUUCAGCAGGAAGUCGUUGCGGACGGUUUCCCUUCGUUGCUGCCCGUGUAUGGCCCCGCCUCCUCCGGUAGAUCCUGCUCUGAUGGGAGCCAUCUUUCUUUCACGUGGGUGUCCCGCCUGUGUCUGCAGGCUGCUACGUCUCCCUCCUCAGGCCGGUGUUGGUACUGACAUGCAUGCAGACGGAGCGAACUUGGCCGUGCAAGAAGGAAUCCGGCGCAGAUAGAGACCGCGUCCUCGCUGGCCUUCUGCAGCGACCGUCUCCCCGGGGGGACAAGUGGUGAACAAAACCAUGGCAACGGUAACGAUGACAGCAGCCGAGAGGACAUGGAUUCUGCACCAAACUGAGCCGUAAAUCACAACCCAGCCCCCCCACACCCCCCCACCACCACCACCACUAUGCUGAACUUGUAUUGGACGUUUAGCCUCCGGGUGUUGACGGACAUGAACACUGCUGUAUUUGAUUGGACAGAUGUGUCUCAAAGGCGGGAGCUUGUCUCGGGCCGCUCGGGACACUGAUGGGAGCACACCCGCCUGUUUUAAACUCUGCGUUUGGAUGUGUGUACAUGGGUAUUUGUGCGUCAAGUAUUCGGCGUAUCUACUGGAGGACUGCACUGCAGCAGGGUGUGUGUGUUAGUGUGUGUGUGUGUGUGUUAGUGUGUGUGUAUAUGUGUGUGUGCAUACUGGACCUGUAUGCCUCACACAGUCGUGGACAUUUUCAAGUAUUUACCAUUUACACCGCUUCCGUGCCAGCGCAGGUGUUUGCUUCCUUUUUAGACUUAAAUUAACAUGUGUGAAGUACACUGGAAUACCCCCUCCCCCCCUUUCUCCCCAAUCGUAUUUGGCCAAUUACCCCACUCUCCUGAGUCGUCCCGGUCGCCGCUCCACCCCCUCUGCCGAUCUGGGGAGGGCUGCAGACUACCACAUGCCUCCUCCUCUCAUACACGUGGAGUCGCCAGCCGCUUCUUUUCUCCUGACAGUUAGGAGUUUCCCCAGGGGGGCGUAGCGCGUGGGAGGAUCACGCUAUUACCCCCAGUACCCCCCUCCCCCCGCGAACAGGCACCCCGACCGACCAGAGGAGGCGCCAGUGCAGCGACCAGGACACACACCCACAUCCGGCUUCCCACCCGACCAAGCCGGAGGUAACGCGGGGAUUCGAACCGGCGAUCCCCGUGUUGGUAGGCAACGGAGUAGACCGCCACGCCACCCGGACGCGGAAUACAACAGUUUUUGUCAAAUCGAAGGCGUCGAUCCGGUUCCCGCCAGUUAUCUUCUUUGUGGCUAUGAAGUGCGAGAGUCGGUGUCAUGACGACCGGGACGAGCCCCCCCCCUCUCAGAAAAGCGUCAUUUUAAUCUUUUACUCACGCCGGCGCUGUUGGCGCACAGGAUGUGAGGUUGCACCACUUCCGCCAGUUCUUCCGGUCUGUAAACGAAGCCGGUGCAGAGGCGGUGCAGCUGCACUAAUCGGUGCAUGUGGACGAGGGCCACGUCCGGACCUUGAGAUGUUAUUUAUUGUGAUUUAUUGUCCAGAAAACAGAUUUGUAAACGGAGAUCUCACACCGGAAGCCCGUCAGACUCUCCCCCUUCUGCUUCGUGGUAUCGCCGUUCAGUUCUGUCUUAUUUUUAUCUUUCUGUCUGCUCUGUGAAAGACGGGGCAGAUUGACGGGGUUUAUUUUAACUGCUGGGGUUCGUGGUACCGACUGAGUUUUAAUCCGCGGCAGACUUUAAAGGCAAUGUAACCGGUUAUUUUCUUGCCCGGUGCGGGAUUCGAUACGGCGUGUACUGCACCACAAGGUGACGUCACUAACCGCUCGGCUAAAGGGUCAGACUCGUUAGCUAGGGGCUAACGUGUCUUAUUAGUAGUUUACAUUCGUCACCCUCCCCGGAAGCGCGCCCUGUUCUUCCCGCGCUCCGAAGAGACUUCUGAGGAUCCGCACACUUCCGGAUCCCACCGCUGCCACCAAUGUAACCGGUUAAUUCCUUGCCCGGUGCGGGAUUCGAUACGGGGUGUACUGCACCACAAGGCGAGGUCGCUAACCGCUCGGCUAAAGGGUCAGACCCGUUAGC